CAAGUACCUUUCUACAAUCCAAACAAACCAAACCACGAUGAAGACAACUCAACUUUGGGCCCGUUCACAGCGAGUAAUUGUGGGUAGUUUUGGGUCGAAUACUGCGUUCACGGCCACGCAAUGUGGAGUAAUUGGUUGAUCCGACGUAUUUGCAAAUUACCAUCCCCCGACUUGUGAAAGGGUGGUAAUUUGGGGUAAUGGCGCCGACGGUUGUGCGAAGUCCGGUAACGGUCAGUCGAACCUGUUGCACCGAUCGAGCCAACUGAGGACGGUAACUGUCACCUUCCCCCAAUAUGAGCGUGUUUGGAGAGGGUACAGCCACGAGUACCCACGCCUUUGCUCGUCUACUCGUCUACGUCGCUGCACAGUACAAGCCACGACGGUCGUGGGAGCAGCGCACGUUUCCGAGGCGCGAGAAGGACAUCUUUGGCUUGCCAAAUGAGACGUUUCGCCAGAACUUCCGUGUCACCAAGGAUCAGUUCUGGGAGUUGCUUGAUAUCAUUUCUCCGCACCUCCCCAAACGCCCUGGGACUGACGUGCCCGAUCGCGUCGUCCUUGUCGGCCUGCUGUGGAUGUUUGCUCACGGCUGCUCUCUUCAGGCUGUGCAGUUCUCAAUUGGGAUCAGCAAGUCCAUGUGCAGUACGCACUUCCCCGCGUUCGCCAAGGCGAUCAUCGAUGGACUCGACAACAUCUCGUUUCCAACUGGGGAAGAGCUGAAGGAGGAACAGCGGCGAUGGGCUCAGGAUGACUUCCUCGAGGGCUGUGUCACGGCUGCCGAUGGCGUGCACAUCAGAUACACCCCAACGACGAAUGGCCACGAGGAGCGUUGGCGAAACAGAAAGGGCUUCAAGUCCCAGAACGUCCUUGUUUGCGCCUCGUUUGACAGACAGAUACAGCACGUCGUCGUUGGCUGUGAGGGCAGUUGCCACGACGCGAGUGUCGUGGCAACUGCUGACCUCACCUCCAAGCUGCCUGAAGGGAGCUUCGGACUAUUCGACGCUGCCAUGCGCCUGACCCAUAAACGAUGGCUGACGCCCAUUCGUGGAGUCACCUAUCACCUGGACACGUUCAAGUCCCGGGGAGGACCGCAGUCGGAUGAGGAAAUAUUCAACUACAUGCACGCUCGUAGGCGUUCCCGUGUGGAGGCCUGUUUCGGGAUCCUGAAAUCAAGAUUCAGGAUCCUGUAUACAGGAUUCUCCUCCUGCGAGGAUACAGCGCGGCUGUACAUUGUCGCGUGUUGCGCAUUGCAUAACUUUCUACUUCGCCAGAAAGACGACGGAGCGGACUUUGUUGAACAGCUGUAUCAGGAUGAGACGCAAGCAAAGGAGGCACGCAAGCGCCACCGCAGGGAGAGGUUGUCAAAGGCUCAACAGGAAGCGGGUUGUGGUGACGACGGUGACGAUGAUGAUGACGACGACGACGACGAUGAUGAUGACGACGACGACGAUGAUGAUGAUGAUGAUGAUGAUGAUGAUGACGACGACGACGACGAAUCGCACAGCAGCGCGGCGAAUGGCAGCAGCAGAAGCCGAGGCAAGGAGACCUCAGCCAAGGUUGCCCGACGGCGCGCGUUGAAGUGGCAAGACGACCUCAAGAAAAAGGCCGUGCAGAACUACCGCGAGAGACAAGAGGAACCCGAGGCACAACGACCAUACCGUUUCAGGGUCAGGCGCUCAUUGCUUCCAUUCAUGCUUGCCAUCGCGGCGCAACGACGGCCACAACAACAGCAACCGAGACAACAAGCGGGGAACCACGCCGCCAAACGCCCACACACCUUGCAGCUGUCGUGA